AUGACUCAACUAGGUUUCUCAAAUCCUGAUUGUCUUAGAGAUUUAUAUAUGGCAUCAGAGGAUGAUGCUCCCAAGUACUUACCACCCGACAGUAUUGCUAUUAAAUUUUUCGGAAACGGACUGCCUUUAUCGAAUGGCGACAAAUGGCGAACUCAUAGAAAAUUAGCUACUCCAGCAUUCAAUAAAGCGUUGUCUCCUGAAAUUGUCGGGGAAACUGUAUAUGAACAAUUUGAUUUUAUACAACAACAUUCAAGUGGACACAUUGAUUUAUUUGAACUCAUGCAACGUACCACGAUCGAAGUGUUUGGAAAAUUGGCUUUUGGAUAUCAAUUUGGUGCAAAAUCUGGUCGACGUCUCGUAUUUCCAUUAUUAAAUAAAUUACCAACAGAAGAAAAUCGAAAAUUCUUCAAAGCUAUUGAUGAAUUUGAUGAGUUCAUUUAUGAUAUUAUUAUGGAAAAGAGAAAUGCAAUCGAAAAUAAGAAAGGUUCCGAGAAUGGUCGGAUUGACUUGGUAACAAGUAUGAUAGAGCUUAGCAAUCGGGAAGGAAUUAGUACCGAUUUAAAACAAUUAAGAGAUGAGAUGGCGAAUUUUUUCGUUGCAGGCCACGACACAACUUCAAUGGGGUUAAAUACCUCAUUCUACUUUCUUGCAAAAUAUCCGGAAAUGCAAGAAAGAGCACGAAAAGAGGUAAUUAAAAUACUUGGAAACGAACCGAUCAUACCUACUUCGGAACAAUUAGAGAAAAUGAAAUAUCUCAUUGCAAUAAUUAAAGAAUCCUUACGAAUUUAUCCGCCAGCAACAUUAAUUAUCCCUCGAAAACUAGCAAAGCCCCUUAAAAUUGGUUCUCAUGUCGUACCAGCAAACGUUAUAUGUUCUGCCAAUCUUUGGCAAAUUCAUCAUAACCCAAAAUACUGGAAAAAUCCCAAACAAUAUAACCCGGACAGGUUUUUAAAUGGUGAAAAAAUACACCCAUUUUCUUGGAUUCCAUUUUCCACUGGACCUCGAAACUGGCAUGUACCACUAUUAAUAAACAAUUCGUUUAAUGUACCGUUAUCCCAUCAGUUAAUCUCGUUUAAAUUUUGUAGUAUCGGUCAAAAUUUUACUUUGAUGGAACAAAAAGUUAUUCUUUCAAUGUGCUUGCUCAAGUAUAAAUGGACUCUUCCUGAAAAUAGCAUUCAUAAGGAGAAAUUGAUGCUUGAGCCUAGUUUUUUAUUAAGGCCGAUUGAUUUAAAAAUUGUAUUUACUGAAAGGAACUCGUAG